AUGAGUUCCAGACAGUUGAAGAAGUUAGAGAGAGCCAAGUUGGAAGCUUCAAACAAUGAAGAGCCCGAUAUUGAAGAACCCGUAGUACUAAACCAGAACAAAGGGUUCAAUGCCUUUAGUUUUUUGGGAGAUGGGAAUGAAGAAGAAGAAGAGCAAGAGGAUAAGGAGGAGGAAGUUGUAGAAGAAGUUAAGACACCUAAAAAGCCAUCUUCCAAGAAGAAAAAAAAGAAGGCAAAGCAACCAAAGAAAGAUGAAGAAGAUAGUGAAGAUGAAUUGGAUAAAAUACUAGCAGAAGCUAAAGCCAAAGAUCAAGAAAAAUUGGGAUCAGUUGAACCUAUUGAAGAUGAUCUUGAAGGAGUGGCGGAUUUUGAAGAAGAAUAUAAUGAAAUCACUCAACCUAUGAUCUCCUAUGAUUCAAACUUUAAGAAUUUCACCACUGAAAGAUUAAGCAAAUGUUUAGCUUUGUUAUCCAUAGACAAUGUCAAGAAUCUUGAUCCUGAUGAAGAACUUAAGAAUUUAUUUGGAGAGUUAUCCCUUGAAACCAUUGAAGAUGCUAAUACCACCACAGCUUUAUCAAUAACGCCGGAUGUUUUGAAACAAUUCAAGAGAUUGGCCCGUUUAACAAAAGGUUGGGGUGGUAAAGAUAGACGUAGUGUCCCUGGAAGUAAUAGGAAAUUAUUAUUGACGAGAAUUAAAGAUGAUUAUUUACCCACCACCAUUAAACCUUUACAAAUGGAAGAAUUAGACGAUGAUAGUGUUUUGGAUAUCUUUGAUUACAAGGAAGAUAUUGCUGAAGUUGAAGAGUUACAAUUAAAGAUAAGAAAGGAAAAGAAACUCGGGGUGAAAUAUUUCAAAUUCAACAAAGUUCAUUCUGUCAGAGAUAGAGUUGCCGAUUCUCAAUUCUAUGCAUCUGUUGUUCUUGCUCCUGACCAUGAUGCAUUAUUUGCAUUGUUGAAUAAUCAUCCUUAUCAUGUUGAAACUUUACUUCAAGUGAGUAUGGUAUUAUUGAGACAAGGAGAUCAAAAAUCUACCAGUAAUGCAUUGAUUGAAAAAUGUCUUUUUGUAUUUGAUAGAUGCUUCCAUAUGUUUUUCCAUGACACUUUAGCUGAAGCCAAGAAUGGUCUAUUAAGAUUACCUUAUGAAAGUUUCAUGAACAGACAAUUUCAACUUUGUAUUUUCAGAUAUAUCAUUGGAUUAGCUGAAAGAGCAACUUUUUUCACCAGUUUCAAUUAUUGUAAACUUUUACUUUCAAUAAACCCCACAGAAGAUCCUUUAGGUGUUAGAUAUUUCAUUGAUUUUUAUGCUAUAAUGAGUGGAGAAUAUAAGUACUUAACCCAAUUGGCUGAUUCUCCAUUAGUUACAAGUUACACCAAAUGGUUCACACCAGGAAUUGCCUUUUCCACAGCUCUUGCUUAUAUACAUUUGAAUGACAUGGAAAAUGCUAAGAAAGCAUUGAAAAGAGCUCAUUUAAGUCAUCCUUAUACUUCAUAUAGAUUAUUAGAAACCAUUUGUAUAUCACCACAAAUGCCUAUCAAGGAAUCAGAUGUAAAAGUCAACGAAGAGAUCAUUUUAUCUGCUGAAACUUAUAUGGUAAGAGCCAAAUUAUUAUGGAAUGAUUCUGAAAAGAUUAAAUUCUUAACAGACGAGUUAAUGAAAUACUUCAUUGAAGAUGGUGUUAGUGCCACCACGCCUUCAUCCUUCUCAUCCAUGGUGUCAAAAUUCUUCAAAGGGGAUACUAAACCUAAAGAUAAUAAAGAGAUUCCUUUCAACUUAUUAAGAUUUGUGAUUUUAUCAGGAGAAAACAGUCUUAUGGCUAAAGUGCCACAAAACAUUUGGAGUAGAGAUGAUAUCUAUGAAUUUGAUCCUUUACCACCUAAAGUUACUACCUUAGGAUAUGAUGCAAGAACAGGUAUUGAAAACAAUAAAGUUGUUGAUUAUGCAUUAGAUUAUGUCAAUCAAGAUAUCCUUGCUACCCUUAUACAGAAUAGAACCCAAACUGACGAGUUUGAUGAUAUCGUAAGACAAAUUCAGCAACAAGAGUAA